AUGAGUGCAUCUUCUACAAAUACAGCGAGUGCUACGUCUAACCUGGUCGCUAUUGCGUCGCCAGAGAUGUUCACAAGCCUUAUGCAGCAGGACCUGAAUCGAGUCACGCUGCUCAACUUCUGGGCCUCAUGGGCACAGCCAUGCGAGCCUAUGACCAAGGCUAUUACAGAAUUGGCACCCAAGUACCCACAUGUCCUCUUCAUGAACGUUGAGGCAGAGGAGCAGCCAGAUGUGUCAGAGUCCUUCGAUGUCGACGCUGUGCCGACCAUCGUCAUGCUCCGUGGUCAUACCCUCCUAGCCAAGCUGACAGGCGGGAAUGUACUGGCUGUCGAGCAAGCUCUAGCGUCGCAUGCCAGCACUGCCAGCGCUGCGAACACGCGUGGCUUGGCGCAAUCGACGGCUGCGCCUCAGGCGGCGCCAUCGACGUACACCGCAGCCGCUGGCGGUGCGGCUGCUCCUGCCUCGCAGGUGGACGAGACUUUUGCUGACCCCGCUAAGCCACAUGCGCUCCCGCCUACGGUCCACACGGACAACGAAUCGAAGGAAGAAACGGAGCGUCGCUGCCGCGAAUUGAUGUCGCGAUCCAAGGUCAUGCUGUUCAUGAAGGGCCAGCCCUCGAUGCCACGCUGCGGCUUUAGCCAGAAGAUUGUGUCGCUUCUCCGCGAGCAAAAUGUGGACUUUGACUACUACGACAUUCUCUCGGAUGAGAAUGUGCGUCAAACACUUAAAGUGCUGAAUGACUGGCCGACCUUCCCUCAAGUUAUUGUAAACGGAGAGCUUGUGGGCGGUCUUGAUAUUGUAAAGGAAAUGAUCGCCUCUGGCGAAUUGCAAGAAGUGUUGCAAGCCUCCUCCUAA